GCUAGUCACGCGUGCACGGUGUUAGAAGUAAGAAGUGCAGGAAAGUUCGAGCUUCGAUCGAAGUUCCCGUUCGCCCGAGUAUGAAACAAUUUCAAAAUAGAAAAUCCGUUGCUCGAUCGCAUUACACAGAGAGGGAGAAAAAACUCUCGGACUUAAUUACGUAUUCGGGUGAAAUUUUCCGCGUGGAAGUGAUUAAUUUCAGUUCAUUACACCUCCGGCCUUCGCCGAAGCGAUCGAGAUAAUCAGCCUUCUUCAAUGCGGUUUCAACGUCCGCAGUGAGCGAGCGACCUUUCAGCAUAAAACAUCGCAACGAGCAACGUGGUGACGACGUUACGUUCUCAGUGUUUUGACGGACUGUCCUGCCGAUCGCCGGAAUUCCGAUACUCGUUAUUUCUCGGACCCGAGACCGGGAAAUAUAUUGUCGGAAAAUCGUUGUAGUGCAUAAUCAAAUUCAUUUUUUGCUGCACUCGUGACCAUGAUGGAGGACGAAGACGAUUGGCUAACGAGCGAUAUUUUCAAGGGAUCUUUUCAGAACGAUUACAUACUGGGCGAGAUGAUAGGAAGGGGAUCCGUGUCAACAGUCUACACUUGUCUAUACAAGGGAAGGAAAAAGUUUGCCUGCAAAAUGGUACCCAAGGAUCGGUUGAACAAAUCAGAAGUUCGAAGUACGGUUGAAACGUUGCUGAAACUUCGCCACAACAAUAUCAUCUCGGUAAAGACGGUUUACAACGAAAGACGACACUUGUUCGUGAUAACGGAUCUGGCAUCCGGAGGAGAACUGCUAGAGAGGCUGGCAUCAAGAGGAGGACACUCAGAGAGAGACGCUGCUAAAGCUGUUCGAGAUGCACUGGCUGCUUUGAAUUAUCUCCACGGAAUGGGGCUUUGGCAUGGGAGUGUUCGUCCCGAGAAAUUGAUAUACUCAACGGAGGAUGAAAAUUCGCGACUCUUGCUGGUGGAUAGAGGGAUCACCACAAAUUCGUUGAACGGGUACAACGCUCUUUACUGCGCUCCUGAAGUGUUGGUUGGACAUGUCGAGAGUACCGCGGCUGACAUCUGGAGUCUGGGAGUCGUCAUUUACAUCAUGCUGUGCGGAUUUGAACCUUUUCGAGGAACAAUGGUAACCUUUUUCCCAUCGCCGUAUUGGGAUGAUAAAACUACGGAUGCAAAGCUGCUUAUAAGAAGGCUGAUGCAGCAGCGACCGGAGGACAGACCGACAACACGCGAUCUACUUUUGGACCCUUGGGUACUUGGUGAAAAAUCUAGCGAACUUCCAAUGCCAAACACCGCUAAACACCUGCGCGAAUUCAACGCCAGGAGAAAAUUUAAAGCUGCGACUCUCGCUGUGAGAGCCACACGUCGAGCUAUGACGUUUUCAAAUUAUCAGGAAGCAGUGAUUUAACCAUAAACAGUGCCGCCUGUAUUUUGCUAACUAUUCCUUGUUAUAUAAUAAGCUUUAAUCGCUUACAGUUCCUAGAAUUGGAUGUAAGUUAUACGAAUAUCGAAAAUCGCUGUCGCUUUAAUUGAACAAUUUUACUUUAUUACUUACAAAUAUACGUAUAUAGUAUUACUAAACUUCAUUCAAGGAGAUGGAUGUAAGAACAUGUCGAAUCUAGUGAGCCAUAACUUGAGGCAAUAAAACAGGACUUCUAUCGCA